ACGGGGACAACUACAAGGAGCUUUUCGGCGCCCUGGAUAACGCCUUCCUGGUGGCCUACGCCGUGGGAAUGUUCGUCAGCGGGAUCUUCGGCGAGCGGCUGCCCCUGCGCUACUACCUCUCCAGCGGGAUGCUCCUCAGCGGCCUCUUCACGGCGCUCUUCGGCCUCGGCUACUUCUGGAACAUCCACGUGCUCUGGUACUUCAUCAUCAUCCAGAUCUGCAACGGCUUGGUGCAGACGACGGGCUGGCCGGCCGUGGUGGCCUGCGUGGGCAACUGGUUCGGGAAGGGCAAGAGAGGCCUCAUCAUGGGCAUCUGGAAUUCCCACACGUCCGUGGGCAACAUCCUGGGCUCCCUCAUCGCCGGCGCGUGGGUCUCCUCGGCGUGGGGCCUCUCCUUCGUGGUGCCUGGCGUCAUCAUCGCCUCCGUGGGCCUCAUCUGCUUCUUCUUCCUCGUGGAGCAUCCCGAGGACGUUGGCUGCAGCCCGCCUCUGCACCACGCGGACCCGGAGGAGAAGGAGGCCGACGGGGGCGCCGCGGAGGAAGGCCCGCCGCUGUCCUCCAGCCGCGCCAGCCUCGAGCCCAAGGAGGGCGCCGAGGAGCCCGCGGCCAUCAGCUUCCUCGGGGCGCUCCGCAUCCCCGGCGUCGUGGAGUUCUCCCUGUGCCUGCUCUUCGCCAAGCUGGUGAGCUACACCUUCCUCUACUGGCUGCCCCUCUACAUCGUCAACGUGGCCCACUUCGGCGCCAAGGAGGCCGGCGACCUGUCCACCCUCUUCGACGUCGGCGGCAUCUUGGGAGGCAUCAUCGCCGGCCUCGUCUCCGACUACACGGGCGGCCGGGCCACCACGUGCUGCGUCAUGCUGGUCGUCGCCGCUCCCAUGCUCUUCCUCUACAACUACAUCGGCCAGAACGGCAUCGGCACGUCCAUAGCCAUGCUCAUCGUGUGCGGCGGGCUGGUCAACGGACCCUACGCCCUCAUCACCACGGCCGUCUCAGCCGACUUGGGGACACAUGAGAGCCUCCAAGGCAACGCCAAGGCGCUCUCCACCGUCACGGCCAUCAUCGACGGCACGGGCUCCGUGGGCGCCGCGCUGGGCCCCUUGCUGGCCGGCCUCAUCUCGCCCACGGGCUGGAACAACGUCUUCUACAUGCUCAUCACGGCCGACGUGCUCGCGUGCCUGCUCCUGUCGCGCGUGGUGCUCAAGGAGCUCCGCGGCUGGUGCGGCUCCAUGGCCAGGAAGCGCGGGUAAAAAAGGCCGGUUUUGGGGCUUUCCGGGACGGUUCGCCCGGCUGUGACAUUCCCGGCGCCAGGAGCCUCCGG